GUGGGCGGUGCUCCGGCUGGCUGGGAAAUGUCAGCCGCUUGACUGGGGACGGGUUUUCCUUACCCCAGAGCCUGCAGGCCUUGUAGUGAUCGUCACCGCCGUCGCCUCGGACCGUAGGUCCCAGAUUUGGACGGCUGUGGCGGACGCGGAGUUUCCCGGUCCUUCCAGAUGCUGUCUGGCAAGAUCGGACGGUGAGCCUGAUGGGGAGAGCCUGAGGCACUUUGGGGUCUGGGGUCUGAGGCCGAGCGCAGGCGGAGAUCGAGAGGACCUCGGAGACCCCGAGCAGCCGCCACCGCGGGCCUACGUUCCCGGCCACUGAUAGGCGGUAGCCAGGUCCGCCGGCCAGUUUACAGAUAUGACCCAGACCUGUACAUGAGUGACUUUGGUUAGUCAGAGUGAACAUUCAAUAAUGAGCGGUGCAGCUUUGGGACUCGAGAUUGUUUUUGUCUUUUUUCUGGCAUUAUUCCUACUUCAUCGAUAUGGAGAUUUCAAGAAACAGCAUAGACUUGUAAUUGUCGGAACACUGCUAGCUUGGUAUCUCUGCUUUCUUAUCGUCUUCAUACUGCCUCUGGAUGUUAGUACGACUAUAUACAACCGGUGUAAGCAUGCUGCUGCAAACUCAAGCCCUCCUGAGAACAGCAACAUCACAGGAUUAUAUGCACCUGCUACCCCAGUUCCCAGCCAGCAUCCAUGUUUCAUGCCAUGGAGCUACAUUCCCGAUGGAAUCAUGCCAAUUUUCUGGAGGGUAGUAUAUUGGACAUCACAAUUUUUAACAUGGAUUCUGUUACCUUUUAUGCAGUCAUAUGCAAGAUCAGGAGGGUUUUCCAUCACUGGAAAGAUCAAAACUGCACUGAUUGAGAAUGCAAUCUACUAUGGCACCUAUUUGCUGAUUUUUGGAGCAUUUUUAAUUUAUGUAGCUGUGAACCCACAUUUGCACUUAGAAUGGAACCAGCUUCAGACAAUUGGGAUAGCUGCCGCAAAUACAUGGGGCCUGUUUCUUCUCGUGUUGUUGCUGGGGUACGGUUUGGUAGAAAUUCCUCGGUCGUACUGGAACGGAGCAAAAAGAGGUUAUCUACUUAUGAAAACGUAUUUUAAGGCAGCCAAACUGAUGACAGAGAAAGCAGAUGCAGAAGAGACUUUAGAAGAUGUCAUGGAGGUAAGCAAGUUCCAACCUUACACUCAGUCAUGGUUGUUUUUUUGCUGCUGUGUUAGCACAUCGAUGGGCUUUACCCUGCAUGUUUGGUGAUGUGCGGUCCUUCAGAAUGUCCCGUCCGUU